UGCAUAUUGAUCAAUUCAUUCAUAUACAUGGUUUAUUCCAUAUAGAAUGUUAUGAAAAAUGACUAUAAUAUUCAUUUAAUUAUAAGAAACUUUGAGCAUAACAACAAGUCACAUAUACAAUUUAGAUUUUUUGAUAAAUUAUACUCCAUUUUAAAAAAAAAUAAAAAAAAGACUCUAACUCAAAUAAACAUCCUACUUUUAUCAUUGAAAUGUAAUAUAAGUAUAUAAAUAUAUACAAAUAGAUUAUAUUCUUUAAAUGAUCAUUUAAUUACAUUAAUAAUAAUAACAAUAAUAAUAAUAAUAAUGAAUAAACAAUCAUUGAAUACAAUUACACCAUUAUUAUGUAUCACAAUACAUAUAGAAAAUUAUAUUGAAUUAUAUAUACAUGAUGAUUAUUCAUUACCAAUAUUACAAUAUCGUUAUGAACAGUAUUAUAAUAAACCAUGGAAACAACCAAAAAAAUGUAUUAAAACAAAAUUAAUAUUAACUUAUACAUCAUUAAUAUUAAAAAAUGGUUCAUGGUGGCCAUAUCGUUAUGAAAAUAUAAUUCAAUAUAAAACAAUACAAAAAAUUAUUCUAUUUAAUCAACAUAAAUUACAAUUAGCUAUUGGUUUAUAUGAUGAUGAUUAUAUUGAAAAACAAUUUUUAAUUAUAACAACAAAAAAUAUUACUGAUAUUGAUAAAUUAAUUCAAUUAAUUGAUACACAAUUAUUAAUAUGGAAAUAUACAUUCAAUAAACAAAUCGAUUAUUAUCCUUAUCAAUUAUAUAAAAGAAAAUUAAUAACCAAUAAUAAAUUACAAUUAAUACCAUUAAAGAAUAAAGCAUUAAAUAGAAAAGGUUUAAUUGAUAAAAAUCCAAUGAUUUCAAUGACAAAUCAUGUAAUUGGAUUGAAUUCAUUAAGAAAUACUACAUUUAAUCAAUUGAAUGAAAAGAUUAUUGAUAAAUCGAAUGGUAUAUUAGAAAUUGAUUAUAAUAAUCCACAAUCAAAUCAUCAUUAUAAUGAGCAUAAAUCAAUACUGAAUACGUAUAAUAAUAUAAAUGAUCAUGAUUUAUAUAAUGAUAAAAGAAUAAUUGAAGCAAUUCCAAGUACUUCAAAUAAUAAUCAUAAUCAUAAUCAUAAUAAACAUCGAAAAGAACAUCAUAUAAAAAAAGAAAAAGAAGAAAAUAAAAAAAUAAAAAAUAAAUUAUGUCAAACAGAUUCUUAUUAUAUUGAGAAUAAUAAUAUCAAAUCAUGGGAAGUUGAUAUUAAACAUGUACGUUAUGAUCCUAUACAAGGAAAUAUAUUAGAUGAUAAUGGUUCAGUUUAUCUAUAUUCUGCACAUGAAAUCGACUAAUAUAUAUACAUUCAUAAUCAAUGAUCUAUUAAGGAUUAGAAAAGGUUUUAAUGAAUUAUUUGAUUUUCCAAUAUAAUCAAUGGAAUAUUGAUUUGUUCAUGUUUUAUUUUAUAAACAUUUAUUUACUUUUAAGUGUUAUGCUAUUUUCUUAUAAGAAAAAAACAACUACUGAGCUGUAAUCCAUAUUUAUCGUUAAUGAGUUGUAAUAAUAAAAUUGAGAUCAACUAUUCUAUAUGUUGCUAAGGC